UGCGCCUCAUUACGAGCAAGGUUGCUGCAUCUUUUUAGGUAGCUACAAGCGUUCUUUCGACAGCCAAAGGGUCGCAUGGUGUCAGGGACGCGCCUAGUCACGGGAACAGUAAUACAGCGCGUGCUCGUAAGCCCAGAUCGCGCUUAGACAGCAAAGGGAAUCAAACAGCGUGCAAGAAUUGAACCCCAAUGGUUACAUUGGGCCAGAACAUGCAGUCGAUGAUCUACGCACAAUACUUCGCUGCGCUCAAUUUCGCAACGUAUUUUACUUUGUAUCGGAGAAGAUAAGGACAUCAAACUCAUCUGUAUGAUCGGGGGACAGGAGCGCACAGUAUGGUCCGGGAAACCAGACAUUUAUGGGUGGGAAAUUUACCCGAAAAUGUACGAGAGGAGAAAAUAAUUGAGCAUUUCAAACGAUAUGGACGGGUGGAGAGUGUCAAGGUCCUUCCAAAGCGGGGUUCAGAAGGUGGAGUCGCAGCCUUUGUGGAUUUUGUGGACAUUAAAAGUGCUCAGAAGGCACAUAAAUCAAUCAACAAGAUGGGGGACAGAGACCUGCGCACUGAUUACAAUGAGCCAGGCACAAUCCCUAGUGCUGUGAGAGGGCUGGACGAAUGCCUGUCCUUAGGCUCUCGUGGACGGGAUGUUUCAGGGUUCAUAAGGGCGGCAGGGGGCCCGGUGUAUGGGCCCCCUGCAUCUCUCCACAGCAGAGAGGGACGCUAUGAACGCAGACUAGACGGGACUGCUGAAAGUCGGGAUCGAGCGUAUGAUCACAGUGCCUAUGGUCAUCACGAGCGUGCUAGCAGCAGCUUUGACCGGCAGCGUCACUACGACACAGACUAUUACCGAGAUACCAGGGAGAGAACGCUUAACUCUGGGACUGGAACUGCCUGUGGAGGUGGUGGGGCUGUCUCUGCAGGGAUCGUUGGAGGGGUUGUAGGUGCUGGCGUCAGUGGAACAGGUGGAGGGGCUGUGGCUGGAGGAAGUGGAGGAUCUUCAUCGGUUGGUGUGGGAUACUAUCGUUCACAUAGCCGGAGCCCAAGCCACUUUGAUACACCAGAACCUCGAUAUGAGCCUCGUGCCAGAGAACCAUUUAUACUGGCCAGCGUAGUUCACAGGGAUUUGUACCAAGAAGAGGGAGGUCGGCGUAGAGAUCGGUCUUACCACGACAGUCGCAGCCGAUCUCCACACUCUACACAUUCACGUAACCCCUCUCCACAAAGGUUGUCGACUCAGGCAUCCCGGCCUCCACGCUCCCACAGUGGCUCUGGCUCUCGCAGCUGUUCCUCCAGUUCCGACUCAGUCAGCAGUACCAGCAGCAGCACCAGUGGCAGCAGUGAUUCCAGCAGUUGUUCAAGUGAUGGCUCCCCAGCACGUUCAGUUCAGUCUGCUGCCAUCCCUGCACCUUUAUCUCUGCCUUUAUCUGCCCUUGACAAGGAUGAGCCUCGAAAAAGCUUUGGUGUCAAGGUCCAGAAUCUUCCUGUGCGUUCUACAGAUACAAGUCUAAAGGAUGGCCUGUUCCAUGAGUUCAAGAAGUAUGGAAAGGUGACGUCUGUGCAAAUCCAUGGAGCUUUAGAAGAGCGCUAUGGACUAGUGUUCUUUCGCCAGCAGGAGGACCAGGAAAAGGCCCUGGCUGCAUCAAAGGGGAAGCUGUUUUUUGGCAUGCAAAUUGAGGUCAUUGCCUGGAACGGCCCUGGUGCGUCCACAACUGAGACUGAAAGCGAGAAUGAGUUCCGGCCUCUGGAUGAGAGGAUAGACGAGUUUCACCCCAAAGCCACACGGACUCUGUUUAUUGGCAACCUGGAAAAGACCACCAGCUACCAUGAUCUGCUCAAUAUCUUUCAGCGCUUUGGGGAGAUAGUGGAUAUUGACAUCAAGAAAGUGAAUGGUGCCCCUCAGUAUGCCUUUCUACAGUACAGUGACAUUACCAGUGUCUGUAAGGCCAUAAAGCAGAUGGAUGGAGAGUACCUCGGCAACAAUAGGCUAAAGCUUGGAUUUGGAAAAAGUAUGCCCACAACUUGUGUUUGGUUGGAUGGUUUAGCCUCCAACAUCACAGAGCAGUAUCUCACUCGUCAUUUCUGUCGUUAUGGACAUGUUAUCAAGGUUGUAUUUGACAGACCCAAAGGAAUGGCCCUUAUACUGUAUAAUAACAUAGAAUAUGCGCAGGCAGCUGUCAAGGAGACCAAGGGUUGGAAGAUUGGUGGCAACAAAAUUAAGGUGGACUUUGCCAAUCAGGAAAGUCAGAUGGCUUUCUAUCACUCAAUGCAGGCAUCUGGGCAGGACAUUCGCGACUUCUAUGAAAUCCUGUCUGAGCGAAGGGAUGAGCGCAGGCCGCAAUAUGAGUUUACAGCUGAACGGCCAUUCUUUGAUAAUAGUGUGCGAACACCUGGAGGAACCUUCACAGAAGAUCCCCGUCGCAAGUUACCUGACAGAGGCCGCGAGUUCUACACAGAAUGGGACUCAUACCAGGGGGAUUUCUAUGACCCGCGUUACUUUGAUGAUCCGCGUGAAUACAGAGAUUACAGAGACCCCUAUGAGCAGGACAUCCGCAAAUACAGUUACUUGCAGAGGGAGCAUGAGCGGGAGCGCUUUGAAACAGACCGUGAACGUGACCAUGGGCGGAGAACAAUGGAACACAGCCAGAGCCCUUCUCACCCUCAUCGCCCUGCCAGUCCUACAGCGUCCCACUCCCUCUCUGAGCGUCUACCAAAUGACUCUGAUCGCCGCAUUUGCUGUAGAUCCUCAGAGCGAAGUGCCAGCUGCAGUUCACUCUCACCUCCGAGAUUUGACAAGGCACGACCCGAUCGGUAUAAUAAGAGCGAUAAGCCAGAGAAGGAGAGACCAUUUGAAACUGAACAUGGUACUGGGGGUGAUAAGGAAAAGAGGUCUGGGCGCAAGGAGAAGGGUGAGAAACAGAGGUUGAGAAAACUUAAAUUGCAAUCUCCCAGCAUUCCAUCGCCUGAGACAGUGCCUAAACUGGAAAGAGAAGUUAGUCCAGAUGCAGGCCCUCGAAGCAAAGUCAGCAAGUUUCCUCUUAAGGAAAAAGAAGGCUCAGGCAAAGGACGGCUAGAUCUACCACCUUGUGUGGUGCAGCUAACACGUGUGAAGGAGAAGGAAGGGAAAUUGCUUGGUCAUGCUAUCCUAGAAAAACAAAGGGUUAGAGGUGGGAAUGACAGUAUUCGUCUUGCAUCACCUUCAAGGGAUCAGAAAAGUCCUCCCUUCCGCAUAGAUCCCCAAAAAGGAGAUAUAGUCAAGCAUGGGAAGGUGCCAAAAGACAAAAACCUUGAAGUUGUAGACAAGGAUGGUAAAAUGAAAGCCAAAAAACAUAUGAAAGCUGAACCUAGGUAUGAUGAUUCUAACUCUGUGGAUGUUCACCGUCUAGCUGCACGAAAGAGGCGUUUUGAAGACUCCAUGGGGAAGACCGAUCAACUGAAGAGGGAGAGUCCGGAAGAGGGCAGUAGACUGGGACUUAGGAAGACACCUGACAGUGCUAUGGCAAAGGAGAAUGAGGGUGCAAAGAGCUUAUUGCGAAAAGUGGUGCAUAAGAUGGAGCAUUGCAAGGCUAAAUCUGAGAGACUUGUUACUGUUUGCAGUCCUCAAGAUGAACAAGAGUCUGAAAUAGUCUCCAUGGGAAUGGGACUUGGACUCAGUUUGGAACUUCAGUCACGACUUGGAGAACCAACAGAAGAGGCAACAGAUCCAUUAGACCCAACCUGUCUGAAAAUUCAGUUUUGGGGAUCAAGUCUCACGAAAAUCUCUGAUGGGAGUCUUGACCAGGACGCAUUCACGCAACUGCCGCAACAAGACAAUGGCGAGCAGGGUGUAGGAUUUUACAAAAGUAGAGGGGAGACUGAGGAACGACUUGAGUCGGACCUUGACCACUCUCAGACCUGCAGAAAACAAAUGGAACAGAGCCGACAGCUUCGGCUGAAGCUAGAAGAGCCUGACAAAUCACAUAAAUCAGAAAGCUCACAAGACGGCGACACAGAGGACUUUGAAAGGUGCAAUCUGGUGCAUGAGGUAGGAAAAACACUUCAAGAUGUUACAGACGAUUCUCCAUCUAGCAAACAUAAGAAAUCCGAGAGUUUUGACUUUGACUUGCUAAGUGGUAAGAGAGCCCGCAACUACAGGUCUUCCUGUGAAUUAAAUGAAGACCCUGACCUGAGUGUCAUAUCUUUUUCUGGCUCUGGUCCCUUUCCCUCAAAUGAAGAAGAUUGUGCUUCCCGGUUAGCACAAUCAGUUACCAAUAAAGAGACUAAAGACUCUCCAAAAGAAGAAGACAAAGUCUACUCGCAAGUAGAUUCAUUGAAAUACAGCUUGGACAUGACACCUAAUCAUUUCCAUUCCCCUAUCACAGAAUUUCCCAAGCUUAAAACAGCAUUGCUUGGGUGUAACGAGCAGCUACUUCAACGAUGGGAGAGUAGAAUCAAAUCUGACUGCCUCAGAAUGGACAUGACCUUCCCCAGUAGCAUUGUGAAACAAGAAAGCAUUUGCAAACAUCUUGUGUGUGAACUAGAGCCUGGAGAAGUACCGUCAGAUUCAGAUGAUGAUGGUGAGAACAAAAACCACUCCCCUAAGCCCAACACCUCACUGUCCUCUAUCCUCGGGGAACGUGAAGAAAGGUUGACAGGCCUCAAGCUCUCAUGCUCCCUGGAGAAGAACAAGUUCUAUUCUUUUGCAUUAGACAAGACUAUCACUCCAGACACACAAGCACUUCUUGAGCGAGCCAAGUCAUUGUCCUCCGCAAGGGAGGAUAAUUGGUCCUUUCUUGACAGAGACUCUCGCUUUGCCAGUCUUCGCAGUAGCUCAGACAAAGAAAAGGUAGAGUCUGUACCACGACCUAUCCCGUCUUGGUACAUGAAAAAGAAGAAGAUUCGUACCGACUCUGAAGGUAAACUGGAUGACAAUAAGAAAGACCACAAAGCAGAGGAUCUGGAACGGCAGGAGCUGUUUGCAUCUCGUUUUCUUCAUAGUUCAAUCUUUGAGCAAGAUUCACGGCGUCUACAACAUCUUGAGCGCAAAGAUCCUGAGUUGGGAAUUGGCAGACAUCCUGCCAAACAGGAUACUGUCAAAGGACAACCUGGGCCAUGGGGAGGGGACCUUCAAGAGCCCAUAGUGCUUUUUCAUAGCCGCUUUCUGGAGCUUCAACAACAGAAGGAGACCUCAUGGGGCCACUUUCCACAAGAAAUUGAAAGUGUUGAUGAGAGUGAACAAGAAGAGUCUCCCAAGGUUUUAGAGUUCAUGCAGAAGGCCGAUAUUAAAUCAGUCAGCCCUGCUCUCAUCUUGCCAAUUUCACAGUUUCUUUCUUCACCCAGAGAGAUUUCUCCACAGCAGGAGAAAGAGGUUGUUUUAACUACUUCAUCCUCUGAACAGACUGUUUCACUGAUUGAAGAGGAAAAAGUAGAACAUAAUCUUGAAGUGUUCCCACCCCAAUCUCCUCUAGUAGAGAUCCAACCCCCUGCCUCUUUUUUAAUCAUACCCAUAUCACCUUUCCUUUCAGAUGCUGAGGUUAAAGUUGAACCUAAAGAGGUAUUAUGUGAACCCAGAGUUACAACUGAAGGCAAUCUUACAAUGGAUCAUACAUCUUUCCUUGAUAAUAAGCUUCCCACUCCUGGUGCCUCAUUAAGUAGUUUUGAGGCAAAUGCUGCUGAAUUCACCUGCUCUGCUUCCCCAAAGGUUGACGAGAAUAUAGAAAUGGUAAAGAUAGAGACCCAACCAGAGAAACUAUAUUCUAAGGACAUUGACAAACCUCAGAAAUCUGACGAUUCCCAAGAAGUUCACAUACCAGUCUCAGAGGCUGGAAUCAAACCAGCAAAGGCAAUUCGCAAACAACCCAAGAGUAAAAGAGCUAAGCCAAAUGUGUCAGAAACACAAAUCCUGGAGCCCCCCAAAACCGCUGUCUCUGAGAAACCAGUAACUCGAAAGAGUGAGCGAAUUGACAGAGAGAAGCUGAAAAGGUCUUCAUCUCCACGAGGAGAAGUAUUAAAGGCAUCAUCAGAACCUAAAACCACAGCCAAGUCACCAGUUAAUGUCCCUGACUCUGAGAAUGAAUCAAUUCUAAUCCACGGAAGGAGCAGACGGCGAAAUGUUCGGUCAGUUUAUGCCACACCAUCUGAAGGGGAUGCCCAGCCACCAUGUAAAGAGGUGGUGGAGUCUUCUUGCUCCACCCGUAAGUGUGGUGUUGACAAGGAUCUAGUGCUGCAGCAGGAUGCAUUGAACACAUCUACCUACACAAGGCGAGGUCGCCCACCCAAGUCACGCAGGCGAGGGGAAGAUGUGUCACCAGUGAAAGGGGACUCACAGAAAUCAUCAGAGGAAGACAUUGACAUGAAAGAGCCUGCGAACACUGGACAGGGUUCCAGAAUGUCUGAGGGGUGGUGUUCACCCCGUAUGCAGAAAGUGCAGACAGCUCAAGUGUCUUCACUUACUGGGGCUUCAAUUGGUAGGAAAGCAAGUAGAGUAGACAAACAAUCCGAGAGUGCAACAUCAUCAGGAGAGAAGUCAGUUGAUAGUACAACUACUGAAGAGCCUGAGCCCAAAAUAAAAGAUGAGUCAGAAGAAGCAGGGAAAUUAUUAGAGGAAGCAAUGCAAUGCUUGCCAACACAGAAAGACGAAGGAAACAAAGUGCUAACUGAUCAAAUUGAGAAAAAGUAUUCUGAAGGGGACAUUGAGAGGAUAGAAUCUACCCAUGUGGAGAAAAGACAACAAUCUGAAAAGAGCACCAAGGUUUACACAAAAGCACCAAGGUUUACACGAAAUGCCAAAUUGGUGACAGAGGAUAAAUCGCAUGGCUUGAGAAACCUUGAGAUUCGUGUAAGCGUAGAUGAUGUGAAAGGGUUGCUUUGCUCUGAGGAGGAUGAGGCUGAAUCUUUUGAGACCACUGCUAAAAAUGCCAAACCAGGAGUACCAGAUAAAGAAGAAGCAAGGACUCAGUGUUAUCUGAAAGAUGCCGCAGAGUUCAGCCCAGAGGAAAAGGAAGAUGUUCUGUUAGACCCUGAACAAACGGUAGACCCAGCAGCCGCUAUUUUGGCACGUCAGAUGGAACUGGAACGGGCAGUGGAGAAUAUUGCCAAACUUACAGUUGUGCAACCUCUUCAACCCUAUAAGGAACCACCUGCAGAGCCACCUACCCUGCUGCCCCCUGUCACUGUAGAACCAGAGAAUGAAAUGGAGGGGGAGAAGUCAGCUAUUCCUGCCAGUGAAACCGAACUAGCUGCUGCUAUUGAUUCCAUUACUGCUGAAGACAUAUCUACUGAUACAGAUGGUUUCACAGCUCCUUCCACUUAUACUGCAAUUGUUCCUACCCCAGAGCCUCUGGUCUUACCCUCUGCCAAUGAUGUCUUGGAACCAGAAACACACAUGGCUAUCAGCAACAUUAUUGAUCCAGAGAUGGGAGUUUUGAUUCCCAGUGCCAAACCCCUGACGACAGAUGCUAAAGCCUCUGAAUCAACAGUCUCUGUGGCCUCUGCUGAAGAUGAGUCCCUUCUACCAGAAACACACGCGAAAAAAGGGAAAGCAGUCAGACCUAAGACUUCAAAGAGGUCCAGAGGACGAAAGGCUGUCAACCGGAAGGGAGAACCUGCUGAAGAGGUAUCAGAAGCUGAGACCUCUCCCUUCAAGCUACCAGAGUCCAUUCCUGAAGAAGUUAAAGUCAUCAACUCUAAGGCAGCUACUGCUACAGCAACAGCCACUGUUGUCACCGCAGCUGCUACCUGCAAAUGUGAUAUCACAUGUACCAUGACUGUGAACACUCCCAAGGAGGCAGAACAACCUGCUGUGGAACAACCCGUACCUGAAGAAUCAGCCUUUCACUCUGGUACCAAGAGACUUCCUCAUUUCAAAAAGUUUCAAAUAUCAGCAGUAGCCCCUACUCUCUCUCCAUCCCCUGCUCUCACACCUUCUCCAACCCAAUUGAAUGUCCCUCCACCCUGCCAAGGCAAGAUGCCUGUUUCACCAGACUGGCUUCACAGAUCUGAAGAAAGUAUAAUACAUGCUACUCCUGCAACUCUAGUUUCUGUAGUGACUCCCUCUGCACCAGCAGUAACAGCACUUGGAAGCCAGUCGGCAAAUCCACUUAUGCCUCCUGAUACUAAGGCAUCGGAUAUUGACUCUAGCUCCAGCACUCUCAGAAAGAUCCUCAUGGAUCCCAAAUAUGUGUCAGCAUCAAACAGCAAUGCCAUUCCUACUACAGUGCUAACCACAAUGCUGGCAGACCCUCGCAUGUCAGAGAAUGAAAACUCAUCUGACACAAUGGCUGCUAGGCACACGCAUCCUGAAGACAGACCCUUUCCUUUCACUCUUCAAAAACCAUCCCCGCUCACCGAGACCCAGCAGAACUUUGGAGAGAAGAUGGUGCAUUCAGUCAUUUCUUCCCCUACUACCUCUGUCAUCAGCCGGAUUCCAAUGCCCUUUGACACUGAGGAAGCACCUCGAAUCUCCCUAAGUAACCGUAAUGCUGGCCUAUCUCUAACCAAACAGAAAUCCAGAUCAAGUAUGAACGAGAACAACUGUUACCAUGGAGUGGAUGUGGCAGAGGAUGUAAACUGCAGAGGACGGUCUGUAGUUGAGAGCACACCCUACAACACAGGCUCCAGUCGUGGCCUCAGGGUAAAUACAUCUGAGGGUGUGGUAGUACUAAGUUACUCAGGGCAAAAAACAGAGGGACCUCAACGGAUCAGUGCCAAAAUUAGCCAGAUCCCACCGGCCAGUGCAGUCGACAUAGAGUUUCAGCAGUCUGUCUCUAAAUCUCAGAUUAAGCAAGAACCAUUUGCCCCAUCCCAGCUUUGCACUCCCAAGGGACCCCUGACACCCACAGGGUACGGACAACCGGGGGUACUCUUAACUGGCCAUACAUACAAUUCUCAGCCUGUCAUCUCCACCAUUAAGCAGGAGAGUCCUGGUUCUGAAAAGUCAGAGUCGUCAUAUCACACUGGACCCCAGGGUAGCGCAGUAAGGAUGUUUCAACAACCGGUCACUAGUCCUCAAAUAUUGAUGUACAAUCGGGCUGUGAUGCAGCAGCACGUAAAGAAAGAGCCUGGAGCAGAAUCCAAACCAAUGAUGGUGGAUAUGGCAAAGGCACACCAGACAUCCAACCUCAGCCCAAUCAUGAAUCCACAUUACCCAUCUUUGACUGGAAACCGCAUGAGUCCUAGUCCCAGUACCCCAUCUGAUUGGUCAGUCCCACACCUCAAGCAAGAGCCUCAUUCCCCUCGAGCAACGGGCCACUCACCUUUACCCUUUGCGAAAGUUUGCUCUCCCAGAAACUCAAUGUCCCCCCAUGCCAGCUCUAUGGUUUUGCAUCCUGGCAUGCCUGAGAUGUCUCCAUAUGUUGCCAGUAUGCACCACCCCCACCCAGAGCAGUCUGUUAUAAUGACCCCGGUGUCACACAGCGUCACCCAGUCAGUGUCUAUAGGUCACCUCUCACACAGCGAUGUCAGGAUGAAUACCCCACAGCUCUCUGGAAUGAAUCAUCGAAGACGGGCGAAUUCCAUACCAUCUCCCCGCACUGGACCUCCUCAGCGCGCCAACACCAUCAGAGAAAUGGUGCUGCAGUCACAUGCGGGCCCCACUCGGGGAGCAUCAGACAGCUGUGCCGAAGAGAACAUGAAGCACUACCACCAGGGGCUGUGUAGACCCUCUGCACCCCAGCUCCAGUCAGAUUUGAUGAUGAUGCAGGCAGAGCAGCACAGAGGGCUGCAUCACGCAGGCCUACGUCUGGACCAGUACAGCAUGGCCUCCCGAGACAUCAGAGACAUGCGCGACAUACGGGACAUGCGCAUCCUGAUGCACCAUCAGCUAGGAGAGCACACCAUUGCAGAGGGACGUCGGUCACAAACUCCUGAGGCAGGAGCAACCUCAAUCAUCAACCUCUCUGCUGCCUCCAAGACUCCAAAAGGCAUGACGCAGAUGCGGAAGGAGAUUCCUAAAACAUUGGAGGCAAAGAUGUCUCACCCACCUCAUACUGAGAGCAGCAGGAUGAUGGGGGUCCAUCCAUCUGUCCCUGUUAUGGUGUCUCCUCAUCAUCAUCCUCAAGGUGUUCAGCUGAUUCAUCCAGGUGGCACUGGCUCCUUCCCAGUGUACCGGGAUAUGCACGGCUUCCACUCCCAGUUUUCUAGUCACUCUUCGAUGGGAUUGAACCUGGCUCCCCGCGGCAUCACACCUUCCCAGGAUGAUGAUCUCAGCCACAGGGGCAAGCUAUCUCAGUCACUCUCUGCUGGGUCACUUGGUGGAGGAAGUGAAACCAAAUCGGACAACUCCCACCUCCGUCACACAGCCUCCAUGGACUUAUCCCACAUGCCCCGGAUGCAGAGGGACACCAUUUCACCCUCUUAUACUUCUCCCAUGGCUCUCUCCCACAAGCAAGAGCUAGCUCUGCAGAAGGGCCCACCAGUCUUCAUGCCGAGCCCUCCAGUAGCAACCCUCUCAAGUUCCUCACAGUUGCACCCUGAGGGUAAACUGGGGCACUCAGGAUACCGGUCCGUCGAUAUGGUGCAGCUUUUAAUGAAAUACCCCAUAGUAUGGCAAGGCCUGCUGGCUCUGAAGAAUGACUCGGCUGCCGUGCAGCUCCACUUUGUCUCUGGCAACAACGUUCUUGCCCACCGUUCACUGCCGCCACUGGAGGGAGGGGCCCCGCUCCGCAUCGCACAGAGGAUGAGGUUGGAAGCGUCCCAGCUUGAGGGCGUGGCUCGCAGGAUGAUGGUGGAGAGUGACUACUGCCUCCUGCUAGCUCUGCCAUGUGGACGGGAUCAGGAGGACGUUCUCAGUCAGACCCUUCUCCUAAAAGGAGGCUUCAUCACCUACCUACAGCAAAAACAAGCAGCUGGGAUCAUCAAUGUCCCCAACCCCGGCUCCAAUCAGCCGGCAUAUGUGGUGCAGAUUUUUCCACCAUGUGAUUUCUCUGAGAGCCACCUGUCGCGGCUCGCCCCCGACCUUCUCAACAGUAUCUCCAGCAUCUCCCCUCACAUCAUGAUUGUCAUUGCCUCCGUGUAAUACCUCCAAUAAAAAAAACUCCAUUCUCUAGAACCCAACAGAAUCAAGCCAACACCAGCCUUUUUGGACUUUCAUCCAGGUUAGAAAACUGGAAAUGCCUCAGUUUGGAUGGGUUUGACCUCUUUUUUUGUUUUUAAAACAUGCACUCACUCUUACUUCUCUUCACCAAGUCCUUAAGUCAUCCUUCCACCUCUGAUUCCACAACUCCCUGCCUUUACGGAGAGCAUAUGGAAGGGUGGAUUGGGGGUUUUCAUGAUCAAUUCUAUGAUCAUACAUUUCACUUUUGCAAUCGUUGGAAGUAAACCGGAUUGCGUCUUGAUUUUGAAAGCAUUCGAGGAGACGAAGGAACAAAAAGAGAAAGACUGCUAUGGGAUGUUUUUACUCUCAUUGAAAUAAUGAUUGUGAUUUUAUUUACAUCCUUUGGGGAUUUUCUUAGAGAACAGAUCCAAUCAGUCAUUGCACUAUGUUGAGAAAAAAAACAUGAUCUUUGUACAGAUUAGAGAAUAAAAUGCUACCUAAUUAUAAUAGACAUGCGCCAGUGACCAGCUUUACUUGUGCAAGAGAAAAAUAGAAAAAGGAAUAAUGUCUGCUUCAUCAAUCUUCUGUACUGCUUCAACUCUUCUACCAUCGGCCAACUUAAUUUCCUUCUACUUCAUUUCCAGAGUCAACUCUAUCCUCAGAGGGUACUAUUUGAGUUGUACAGUUUGCACUUAAUGCCUCAACAGGCGACUAUAUAUAUAAUUUGUUUAUUUUUUGUUUGUCUUAUUUACAAGUCAAGGUGUCGUAGACAAUUGCAAAACUGUAAAUAUUAUAAAUAUUUAAAGAUUAAAAGUAUGUAAGGAGGCCAAGUGGAUUAUAUGACAACUCAUCACUAUCAACCUUUUGGGGGUGGUGAGGGGUGGCAACUGGCAAGGACCCCUACAAAACUCCUAGGCGUGACAUUUACAAACUUUUGUUAUUGGAAUUGAUUCUGUGCCAAAAUCUCUUUUUCAAUGAACCCCCAGAACCUAUUUUCAUACUUGACUUUGUAUUUGUCACUCAGAUCUACUGUACCAGCCUCUGUUUGUACUUUGUUUUUUAUAUAUUUUCUUCAUCAGCCCAACCUGUUACAGCAUACAUACUACUACUCCAUUGUGAAAUCCUGUCCUCAUUUCCAUGGAGUGCCAUAAACUGUUCUAUUUGAUGUUGGUGAACAUAGUCCUUCUGUCUCUCUCCUUGUGUCCUCCACUGCCCUCUACCAUUCCUCUGAAAAUACUCCUGGAUACCAAUAUGUGCUCCCAAAGUCAAAAAGCAAAUUACUCAAUGACAGCUGUAGCAUGCUUAACUUGAAUAAGUAAAGGGUAAAUACAAUCCGUAAGGCAACGAAUGUGACUAAAACUUUAAACAAUGCUGGGAAUGUAUGUGUAAACGGUCUCUCUUUCCUUUCCCUGUACUAGUGUCUCCCUGAGCCAAUUCUGUAAAUACUCAUGUUCUCAAUAUGUGCUCUUGUGUACUUUCCCUUAUUACUGUCUCCAUUCAGGGUCUUCAUGUUUUGUGUGACAAAACAAAGCAGUCCGAAAGACGAAGCUACUUGUGAACCGAUGCAGAUUCUCAGUUUUUGUGGUGUAAAUAUUUCUAUGACUGCAGGCUGAAUACUUUCAUGGUGAUAUUGAAGGCACUUAUAAUUUUUGUAUACAACUUACAAGAAAAUACCCCAAAAACAAAAUUAUUUAUCUUAAACUGUCUUUUGAUCAAUCUUAUUUCAUAAUUUUCAGUGUAUUUUGCUGUUCCUCCAUGAGGACAUUUUUAAACUAAAAUAAAUGGUUGUUUAACAUCUACAGAUCCAUUAAAUGGUCUGUCACUCUUGA